UCACAUGUCCGUCUGCUCUACGCAUGCUUCCAUGACUCCAAGUCACGCACAUCGGACUUUGAGGGCACAGCCGUGGGCUAUAUAGGACGGGUGUCUCGCUCGUCUACUCCCCAGAAAUCCUCUCCGAACACACAAACGCACAGCACGCCACCCCAACUCUGCAUCCAUCUCAGCGCCAUGUCUGACGCUGUCUACAACGUCUUCGGCCUCGUCGCAAAUGUCUUCGGUAUCUUCAGCUUCGCUCACCUCUACAUCUUCGUCAAGAGCAUGCUCCCCAAGAAUCACUCCAAAGAGCUCGACGAGAUCUUGGUCGAAACACGUGCCUACCUGGUCUCCGUCCUCGAGGAAGGUCGCUUGUCCGACGGGAACUUCGUCACCGAAAUCUGGAAAGAACUUGACGAUUAUAAAGCACGUGCGACCGAUUUCAGGAUCAUAGCUGGCCGCGCAGGCUGGUGCCAACAAUUGAAGGGCAUCUUCGGCUUAUCGUUCGAAAUCUGGCGAGUUUAUCGUCAGGUGAAGGAGGCGCAGAAAAGGAUAUUGAACAAGGCCUCUGUGGGCAACCUCGAUAAUCAACCGAGAGACGGCGUGCAGGGAUACUCCGUCGACUGGGACGACGUCGACGAGAAGUGCGACGCCUUUUCGGAAGACUCGUUUGGAGAGGGAACACGCACCUUUCAAGGCACUCCACGCACCCCGGGUGAUACGCAGGGUCCUCCUGCGUAUCCCACAAAUUUUGAUAUCUCAAAAUUUAUUGGAUACACUGAAGAACAGCGGACCACGGACGGUGAUGCUGAGUCUACUACGAGCACGAGCACCUUAGUAGGCGGCUGCGCGAACCUUACGCAGCGAGCACUCACCUCUCCUGGUCCCUCGUCGGUCGUUUGGGUUGGUUUGCGGCUCGCCGCCAUCCCAUUGACCCCGACUAUCCCUUAAUCGAUAGUCGGAUCCCCACGCCGCAUGUGACUGGUUCACAGCGCAAUUUUCUCCUGAGACGCGCUGAGCGUGCCUCCCUCUCGAGCUCUAUCGCCGAAUCUAUAUCGAAUCCAUCAUCUCACCUUUGUUCCAUCUCCCCUCUAUGUUCUCCGUUUCGCU